AUGAAGGUGAUCCCGAGUGUCAUGGCCCUCGGCACCUUCGUCACCGCCCUCGUCUUCAGCCCCGAGGCUGCCCGCGCUGACGUCGAGGAGGCCGAGCCCGGCACUGAGCUCUUCAACCAGUUCCGCCCGGUUUACCACUUCUUGGCUCGCGAGAAGUGGAUGAGCGACCCGUGCGCACCGUACUACAACGAGGCCACCGGUCUGUAUCACAUGUUCUACCAGUCCAACCCGAACUCGACGAUCUGGGGCAACAUGACCUGGGGCCACGCCGUGUCCAAGGACCAAGUGACCUGGAAGGACUACUCGGAUGCCCUGCUACCGUUCCAGGACAAGUGGGACAACCUCGGUGUGUUCUCGGGUUUCUCCAUGGACAACGCUAUCGAUGGCAAGCACACGGUGUUUUACACUGGUGUCACCGCUCUCCCCAUUUCGUGGAAGAACGAGUACCUCUUUGGUGAGCACGUGCUGUACGCCACCACCAGCAACGGCGGCUCUACCUGGCAGAAGGGUGCCAAGGCCCUCAUCAAGCUGCCGCCCAAGGGCAUGAACGUCACGGGCUGGCGCGACCCCAUGUCGUUCCACUCGCACAACUACAUGCUCUUGGCCGGUGGCAUCCACGAGGAGGGCCCGCGUAUCUUCCUCUACCACGCUGAGGACUACGUGAACUGGGAGUACAAGGGCUUCCUGCUCGCUCCGGAGAAGAACACGUCCUUCUCCGAGUACAGCGCCAACUGGGGCUUCAACUUCGAGACGACCAUCUACCGUGAGAUGAAGGAUGAGGACGGUGAGAUGCACAACGUGAUGCUCUUCGCCGCUGAGGGCGACCCGAACCGCUGCCCGAUGUGGGCCACCGGCACCUUCGGUGCUGCCGACAGUGACAGCGCGAGCGCGGACUCGGACGCCGGUCUCUUCACCCCUCUGAUGCACGGCAAGGACGUCCUGAUCGGUUGGAUCACCGAGGACAACAACUUCGCCAAGGGCCAGCCCCAGGGCUGGGACGGCAUCCUGUCGCUGCCGCGUGAGGUCGGCAUCUCCUUUGUGCGUGACAUCCACGACGUUGACGACCACCUGGUCGGCAAGGGCGACUGGAUCCUGUCGAGCACGCAGAACGUAACGGUGGCCGGCGGCAAGACGCUGCCGAGCAAGACAAUCAAGACGCUCAAGGUGCGCCCGCCCAGCGACCUGCGUCUUCUGCGCAACACCGAGUCGGGCGAGGUGGUGCCCAGCGUGACGCUGAACGGCACGUCCAAGGCGCUCAAGUCGACCGGCAAGUCGUUCGAACUCAUCGCGCAGGUGUCCGACUUCGAGCGCGGCACCCAGGUGGGCUUCGAGGUGCGCCCCAGCAAGGACGCCAAAAAGACGACGACCAUCCUGUACGACGACAAGGACAAGAAGAUCAUCAUCGACCGCUCCAGCAGCUCCAACGCCGAGUGCCCCGUGUUCGUAGACAACGAGGUGACCCCCGUCUCGGACGACAUCUGGGGCCACUUCUACCUGUACGACGUCUUCCAGCCCGCGGACGACUCGGAGUCUGGAGAGGGCGAUGUGUACAAGGUGACGCGUGAGAACCUCAACUUCCACGUGUUCGUGGAUGUGUCGACGGUCGAGGUGUUCGUGAACGACCGCUUCGCUCUCUCGGCCCGCAUCUACCCGUGCGGUGAGGCGUCGGACGGCAUCUCGCUCACUGCGUCGGGCGACGCCACUUUCGAGAAGGUGCAGGUGUGGACGAACCCGAAGCACGCGUGGUCGGCCAAGCGCUCGGUGCCUACCAAGCAGAUCCACAAGAAGACUGGAAAGGUCGUGAAAACGGCAUAA